AUGGUCGCCACGGCCGUUACAUUGGCUCCAGGAACUGCUCUAAACGCCAUGAUUAUUGCCGUCUACUGUGGAGACAGGAUCAGUAGACGGCAGUCCAGCCCUUGUGAUCUGAUCUUUCUCUCCACCGCCCUCACCAACCUGAGCCUGCAGUGGUUCUCCACCCUUAAGAGCUUCAUACAUUACAUCCCUUCUGACUACUUAGGAUUGUGGAUUCAUUAUGUCUUCAUGUUCUCCCUAUUUCUGACCUAUUUCCGCUUCUGGGCCACAGCUUGGCUCUCCAGCUAUUACUGCCUGAAGCUGGUCCGCUGCUCAUGUGGACCCUUCAUCUGGCUGAAGAGCACGUUCUCCUCCUCCAUGGCUCAGAUAAUCGGAAUAUCUCUUCUAGGGAUAUUCCUCAUCAUUCUGCCUCUAAAUUGGAUGAUAGAACCGAUACCACAUCAUAACAUGACCGAUGGGCCAACAAGAUACACUUUCAAUGUGGAGCCCUCUUACAUGGCUGUUAAUCUGCUUCUUGGUUGUGUCUUUCCUUUAGUUGGGACUCUCGUCUGCAUUGGAUUUAGUGUGGCGUCUCUCCUGAGACAUGUCUGGAGGAUCAGGAAGAACAGAUCCCAGUUCACCUCCUCUCCGAAGAUUAAGGGUCAUAUUCAAGCCAUCCGGGUCAUGGUCCUACAAGUCCUCCUCAAUGCCACCAUACAAGUCUCCACCAGUGUCUUCCUUCUGUCCUCAUUCCGGCCUGGUGUCAUAUUGGAAGUGAUGUUCGGGCUCAUCCUUAUAAUAAAUCCCACAGCCCAGGCUUUAAUCUUAAUUACAGGAAAUCCUAAACUACAAGAUAAAUUAUCGAAAACAGUCAAUAUCUUCAGAAAAUAUAUGUAA